AGCCGACGCGGCCCAGGGCAGGGGGGACUCCCUGGGCCUUCCCCCCCCCCGGCGUGCCUGAAGCGGCGGCCCGCUCGCGCGCGGGAACAGGAUGGCGGGCUGGGAGAACUAUGGCAACAAGGCCGCCCUGGUGGAGCAGGUCAAGGCGGGCCCUCCGCGGCCGGCGCGGGCCGAAGAGAUGCGCGGCGGGGACUCCGCCGGCCGAGAGGCGGGCGGCCGACGAGCGCGGCGGCGACGUGCACCGGGAUGCCGGAUCCUCGGAAUGGCAGCGCAGAAGUCCAGGACACAAAAAAGCCUGGGACAACUACUGCUCCGAGAAUGCCCACCCGAAGUUUGACCCCAACUUGAAGGACGAGACUUUCCUGCAGGUUUUCUUGGAGGGGGCCAACUCUGGAUCCAUCGUGCCCAUAGCGGAGUCGGACCAAGGCGGCCAGAAGACCCAACUGGUCGAUCAGGUCAAAAUGAUCCAGCGCCAGGGAGAGGGCUACAAGCAGGCCUGGUACAAGUUCGUCAGCCACCAGGGCUCGAAGGACUUCGACCCCGCGAGGCACGAUUCCUCCACCCUGCAGCAGUUCCUCAGCGGGAUAAACUCUGGCACCAUCCAGCCCUGUGAAGAUGGCGGCUACGGUGGCUCCGGCAAGGGCGGCGGCGGCGGCUGGGGCGGCGGUGGUGGCUCGAGCAACGACUGGUGGAGCUCCUGGGGUGGCAUGGACCCGUGGGCCAUGAUGUCGAUGAUGCAGAGCUACAUGAAGGGCAAGGGGGGCGGCGGCGGCAAGGGCGGAGGCGGCGGCGGCGGCACCGUGAGCGGUGAGAUCCGCUACGACGACCCGAACCACACGGCGCAGGCGCUCCAGACGCUGAACGGGUCCAGCCUCAAGGGCUCCCCGAUCACCCUCGAGAUGGACCCGAAGUCGAAGGACGGCACGAAGCUCCUGGUGUCGGGGAUCCCUGCGGGCCUGCAGUGGCAGGAGCUGAAGGACCACUUCAGCCACAUCGGCACCGUGGCGUACGCCGGGGUGACGGGCGGCAAGGGCUUCUCCCCGUACUGAGGUGCGCCUUGAGCGAGGGAACGUGAGCUACAUUAGAAGAAACAUCGUCCGAGGGAGGGGCGUUGUCGGGGCGCGGAGCGGACGAAGGGGAAGCGAGAGCGAAUGGCAGGUAACGAUCAAUGCACAAUGGAUGAUUGGUCGUUACGGCGCAAAGGCAGUGAUAGCAAAUAGAGGAAUGUCCCGUUCCAGUAUCAAAGGCCCUUCACAUUGCUCAGAGAGGCCAGCACAGCGUUGACAGGCAGUGCUUCCACAGAGCGCCGGUCGUCCAGCUAGCCGGCACGACACUCUUGGUGGGAACAGCGAUCAGCCGGUCUUUUCAAGUUGCAAGCGUGAAAGUGAAGUAGAGGAGUCAGGGAGAACCCAUCCCAACAGCUGCGAGGCCACUCUGGAACUCGACCGCCGCGUUUGUUGGCGCAGAACAGGAAGCAUGUCCGAUCAGCCAUCUCGUGUGCCUAGCCUCAGGGCCCAGUUCAGCACGGGCAGCAGAGCAUCCCC